AUGGAGAUUCAGCAGCUGGUGCCACCGUACACAGUCACAGUCCACCAUGCGUGCCGAUUAAAGUUGUACGACAAAUGUGAUAGAGAGGUGACCGAGGACCUGGAUGCGCAGAUCGCACUUGACGAUUGCGGAUUUCAUGUGGAGCGCCUCGACGAAGCGCUAUGCGUGGAUAGCAAACACCAAUUUGGUGAAGUGGCUGGGUGGCGGCCAACAAAGAAGUCCCUGCUGUGGCUGCCCUCAUCAAGACAAUGGAAUUUCGAUAGGAGGGGAAAUGUUCUGCGGUGUGCAGAGCAAUUGGGUCGCGCUGUGGAGAGCAGUGUUCAUUGCAGAGGCGUCGGCGCUAGUUCACGGUGUUGGUGGCCCGUGCAUGCAACGUGUCAGAAGAUUCUGUCAGGCGUGCGCGGCUGUGUGUUUGGCGUUGUACCCCCAUCCCCCACGACAACGGCCUCGAUUCCUUCGACGACCACAACGACGACUGCGUUGCCGAAGACAACCACUUCCCAUGCCUUCACUACCACGCCCACAACCAAGCCGACCAACUCGUCGAACGCCACCGCUAGUUCGACCACGAUUGUCACGCCGAGCAGCCCCCCAGUUCCACUGUCGUGUGCCAAGUGGAGCCAAUGCAACGGCCAGAACGGGUCGUUUGGCGUGGGAUGCAACGACCCCACCUUCCAGUACAACCGCAAGAACGAGUACUUGUCCUUGUGCGAGCCCAAGCAGCCGAAAACGAACCACGCCCACACCACCACUGGCUCCGUCGCCGUGUGGCAGCAGUGUGGGGGUAAGGUGUACAAUGGCGACUCGCUGUGUAUUGUAGGCAAUGUCUGCGAGCGCAUCAGCGCAUGGUACUCGCAGUGCCAACUGGAUGGGACGGCCGACGGACUGCCGACGUAUGUGCAAUGUGGCGGUAAGACCUUUCAAGCAAAGACCAAGUCGACGGUGUGCCGCAAGGAAGGCGUGUGCGUCAAGUAUAACGACCACUACUCGCAGUGCGUGGCCUGGCACCACCAAUGCCCUCCCGAUGGCAAAGAAGAAGAAGAAGGUGAAGAAGAAGGGGGAGAUAAGGGGAAAUAUGCGAACAAGCCCCCGCUCGAAGCUGGUCCGUACGAAAAGAACCGCGGCACGCAGCGCUCGCAGGGGCGGUGUGCGGGCAAGACGAACGGUGACUGCUGCGACUGGGACGACCAGUGCGAAUUUUUGGGCGGCGACUUUUACUGCAUGGAGGUGGGUUUGUGCGAGACAGACUAUGACACUGCGUUUGAUUGCGGAAUCGACACCAACUGCAAUCCGUUGGGCGGCAAGUCCAAGCGCUACGCCCAGUGCGUGCCUGAAGCCAUCGGCGACCAAUACUCCGAGCCACCGAUGCACGAGGACGAAUCCAAGUGA